UUGAACCGGGAUCUACACAAAACUGUAUACUACCUUUAAUUAUUUUAAAGUUUUGGGACAGGGUUUAGGUUUGCCCACGCUGACCCAUGAGUUUGCCUCUGCCUCUGAAACAGCUGGAAUAACAGGCUGGGCCUCUCCCGUCUUCCCUCUGCUUCUGUUCCUCUCGGACCCAGCGGUCUAGAAUUUUCAAAGCUUUGCUAGCCGCCCCAGGUGCUAUCAGUUUUACUCUUACCUCAUAACCUAUCUCUUCGUACCCACGCUCCCUGGCAAUUCUUGGAUGCCUCACUAAGCAAGUGGGUUCCUGCCUGGCCAGGACCAGUUUAUCCACCACUAGCUCUCAGAUGCAAGUCUUGAAAAGUGAAUGGUUCCAGCACCCGCAGAACCCUCCCCGUAGGUCCCUUGUCACGUGGGGCCUAUCUUCGGCUAGUCCCUCUUUACGCAUGCGCCCCUCUCACUGCAGGUUCAGAACAAUGCUGUAAAUCCCGCCCACCCCCUCCGGACCCACCCCCUGCUCCGGAGACCUGCAGCCUAAUUGGCGAGCUUGGGGUUGGAUGUUGGCCCACUUAGGCAGGUGCUGAAUCCUCAAAGAUAACACAAUCCCUAACGAGACUCUCCUUGGGGUUGUGGCUCAAACCCAGUUCUAUUCUCUAGCUUCUAAAGAAAUCAUUUGGCACGGGUCUGGAUUCUAGCUGCGGGCUAAUCGGUGGCAGUGGCAGGUCCCAGCUCGUAGACCUCCCUCCUCUUGAGGGAAAGGCGCAGGCGCCCCAUGCUUUCUCAGUAACUUCCUAGCGACCAGCCACAUUUCGGCGCCCGAGCGUCCGGGUCGGUCAAUGUGGGCGGUUUGAAGCCUUGAUCUCACAAGGGCUCUCAGGGGCUGCAGCUUUGUUCCUUCCCGAAUGGCGCGCAGGGCUGAGCCCCCCGACGGGGGCUGGGGAUGGAUGGUGGUGCUCUCAGCGUUCUUCCAGUCGGCGCUCGUAUUUGGGGUGCUCCGUUCCUUCGGUGUCUUCUUCGUGGAAUUUGUGGCGGCGUUUGAGGAACAGGCAGCCAGAGUCUCCUGGAUCGCUUCCAUAGGGAUCGCGGUGCAGCAGUUUGGGAGCCCAAUAGGCAGUGCCCUGAGCACGAAGUUGGGGCCCAGGCCUGUGGUGAUGACUGGGGGCAUCUUGGCUGCGCUGGGAAUGCUGCUUGCUUCAUUUGCUACCUCCUUGACCCACCUCUACCUGAGUAUUGGGCUGCUGUCAGGCUCUGGCUGGGCCCUGACCUUCACUCCAACCCUGGCCUGCCUCUCCCGUUACUUCUCUCGACGUCGAUCUCUGGCCAUGGGGCUGGCAUUGACUGGAGUGGGUCUCUCUUCUUUUGCAUUUGCCCCCCUCUUCCAGUGGCUGAUAAGCAAGUAUGCCUGGAGGGGAGCCCUCUUGCUGGUGUCUGCCCUCUCCUUACACCUGAUGGCCUGCGGUGCUCUCCUCCGCCCACUCUCCCUGACGGAAGACACUUCCGUGGGUGGCCCUGGGGCCCAGCUCACCUCCCUUCUUCAUCAUGGCCCCUUCCUCCGUUACACUGUUGCCCUUACUCUGAUCAACACUGGCUACUUCAUUCCCUACGUCCAUCUGGUGGCGCAUCUGCAGGACCUGGGCUGGGACCCACUGCCUGCUGCCUUCCUACUCUCGGUGGCUGCGAUUUCUGACCUCGUGGGCCGGGUCGCCUCUGGUUGGCUGGGAGAUGCAGUUCCAGGGCCUGUGGCACGGCUGCUGAUGCUCUGGACCACCCUGACUGGGGUGUCACUAGCCCUGUUCCCUGUGGCUCAGGCUCCCACAACCCUGGUGGUUCUGGCUGUGGCCUACGGCUUCACGUCAGGGGCCCUGACCCCAGUGGCCUUCUCCGUGCUUCCUGAGCUGGUGGGGACGGCAAGGAUUUACUGUGGCCUGGGACUGGUACAGAUGAUAGAGAGCAUCGGGGGGCUAUUGGGAGCGCCUCUCUCAGGCUACCUCCGGGAUGUGACAGGCAACUACAUGGCUUCUUUUAUGGUGGCUGGGGCCUUCCUUCUUGCAGGGAGUGGAGUUCUUAUCACCUUGCCCCAUUUCUUCUCCUGCAUCUCAGCUUCUACCUCCAAACCCCAGGACCUUGUAAUAGAGGCACCGGAGACCAAAAUUCCCCUGCCCAAGGAGGAGGGCUUGGGAGAGGACUGAACUCCACCAGGAGGCAGUGGUCAUGGAAAGCCGGAGCUUGACAGCACCAGGUCCUCUGCCCCGUCAAGGCGUCCUCAGAAACACAGUGCCUUAGGAUUCUUGAUCUGCCUCCACCGGAGCAGACCUGGGGUUCCCUCUGUAUUCUGUUGAUGACUUUCACAUCACCUGCUUUGUUCUCCCCAACUUUUCUGAAGGAUCCAGGAGAUCUCAGCCCACUGAGUUCUGAAUCAAAUCUGAAAAUCAAAGGCCAAGAGUCUUCUCA